AUGCUACGCGGGAAAGCUUUUAAGCGUCAUCGGAGGCGGCCGCGAGCCCCUCUCGGCGGUGCUGAGUGGAUCCGGAAGCUGGAAGAGGGCGCGCCGUUCCCGCUCACUGGUCCACAUCUCCGGCUGCGGCUGCCCGACAUCUGCCCUCCCUCCUCUGCUGCCGGUAGGCAACUCUCAUCCUCGUCACUUAACUACCUGGUUUACACACGUAUGUCAGCGCUGUACAACCUGCUGGGUGAGACGCUGGUGCGCAUGCGCCACUACGAGCAGGCGGAGCAGUGGUUCCGGGCUGCGCUGCAGGCCGAACCGCAGCACGUGCCGGCACACGUCACCUACGGCAGUCUGCUCGCUAUGAACAGGAGCCGCGCGGCUGAGGCUGAGCGUUGGUUCAGGAGGGCGCUGCAGCUGGCUCCGGAAGACCCCAGCGUCCACCAGCACUUCGGCCAGUUCCUGUCGGGCCAGCAGCGGCACGCGGAGGCGGCUCUGCGCUUCGAGGCGGCGGCCGACCUGCUGCCCUCGCGGCUCGACCUCGCGCUGGCCGCCGCCUCCUCGCUGCGGGUGGCCGGACUCACCGGCCGCGCAGAGCGCUUCUACCGCCGCGCCGUCCAGCUGCGGCCGCAGAGCGCGCGGCACCACCUCAACCUGGGCGCCAUCCUGCACCUGAACGGCCGCUACGACGAGGCAGCCGCCUGCUACCGCGAGGCGCUGCGCCUGCAGCCGGAUGACGCAACCGCGCUCACCAACCUGCAGAAGCUGCGCAGCCUCAUGGCGGCCCGCCGGCCCAGCAAGCUGUGA